AUACCUUAACAAACGUCAUGUGUCAUUUCUAACCAAAGUUUCUUUUUCCGGUGGUGUCCUUUCUUGGACGCCAGAUUCCUAAAUAGUUUUAGGAAUAAAUAAAAAUGGGUUUCGUGAAAGUCGUGAAGAACAAGCAAUACUUCAAGAGGUACCAAGUUAAGUUCAAGAGGCGUCGUGAGGGAAAAACCGACUACUAUGCCCGUAAACGCCUCGUUGUUCAAGAUAAGAACAAAUACAACACGCCCAAGUACCGCCUGAUCGUCCGUCUGUCCAACAAGGAUGUGACCUGCCAGGUGGCUUACUCCCGUAUCGAGGGUGACCACAUUGUGUGCGCCGCAUACUCUCACGAACUGCCUCGCUACGGCGUCAAGGUUGGUUUGACAAACUAUGCUGCAGCCUACUGUACUGGUUUGCUGCUUGCAAGAAGACUGCUCCAGAGACUCGGCCUUGACUCACUAUACAGCGGUGCCACUGAGGUCACUGGUGAUGAAUACAAUGUAGAACCCGUAGAUUUUGGUCCAGGCGCCUUCAGGUGUUACCUUGAUGUGGGUCUAGCACGCACCACCACUGGUGCUCGUGUGUUUGGAGCCAUGAAAGGUGCAGUUGAUGGUGGUCUCAAUGUCCCUCACUCCAUCAAGAGGUUCCCAGGUUAUGAUGCUGAAGCAAAGAAAUUCAAUGCUGAAGUACACAGAGCACACAUCUUUGGUCUGCACGUGGCUGAGUACAUGCGCAGUCUUGAGGCUGAUGAUGAAGACUCCUUCAAGAGACAAUUCAGCAAAUACAUCAAACUCGGUGUAAAUGCUGAUGCUAUUGAAGCCACAUACAAGAAAGCACAUGAACUCAUCCGCGCAGACCCAUCCCACAAGAAGAAGGAAGUCAAGAAGGAUGCUGGCAAACAGAAGCGCUGGAACAAGCGCAAGCUGACCCUGGCCGAGAGGAAGAACAGGAUCAAGCAGAAGAAGGCAUCCUACAUCAAGAGGCUUCAGGCUCAAGCAGAGGCGUAGGCUAUAACAACAAUAUAGGCCUAUACCCUUUAA